UUGAGGGGAACACAAGACCCCCCCCCCCACACACACAAACCAGUAUAAAGCUGCAGGUUGGCUGCACAAUGGGCUGUUGGAAAGUUCUGCUCCCCAGGAUCUUCCUCUCACUGUGCAGGUAGAGCGGCUCUUUUCUCUCCUCAGCUUAUGCUCCUCAUCUUAUUCUAUAGAAUUCUCAUGCACACUCACUCUUACAUAGGCUCUUGCAUCAGGAGACCAUGGGACCAUCCGGCAUCUGCCUUGUGGCUCUGCUUUCCCUACUGAUCCCGGCUCACUCGGCCCCUGAUCCCACCCUGGACACUCACUGGCAGCUGUGGGUUAAAACUCACCAGAAGAGCUAUAAGGAUACGGAAGAGGAACGUGCCAGACGGACCAUCUGGGAGGAGACACUGAAAUUUAUCACAGUCCAUAACUUGGAAUAUUCCUUGGGACUCCACACUUAUGAGGUUGGGAUGAACCAUCUGGGAGAUAUGACAGGUGAGGAGGUGAAGGCGACAUUGACAGGUUGUGCUGGAUCAGACCAUUCACUGGCCAACAUGACCCAUGAACCAAAGUUAUUAGAAGCUAAGAUACCGGCAUCAAUAGACUGGAGAACCAAAGGCUGUGUCACUAGUGUAAGAAGUCAGGGAAAGUGCGGAUCUUGCUAUGCUUUCAGUGCCGUGGGGGCCCUGGAAUGCCAAGUGAAAAAGAAAACGGGCUCACUGGUCACAUUCAGCCCCCAGGAACUGGUGGAUUGUUCCUACACUGAAGGAAACAAAGGCUGUAAGGGGGGGACUUUACGUUCUUCCUUCAUGUACAUGAAGAAUUCUGGCAUUCUGGAGGAUUUCAAUUACCCAUACACAGCAAAGGAAGAAAAGUGCAAAAAGAAGAAGCCAAGCAAAAUUGGACUCAUUAAGGAUUUCCAAAGAGUUCCUGCUCGAGAUGAAAUGAUGCUUAUGAAAGCUGUAGGAACUGUAGGACCCGUGUCUGUUGCCAUAAACAGCAGUAGUGCAGGGUUCCGUAUGUACAAGUCAGGUGUUUUUUAUGAUCCAUCUUGCAUCUCGACUACAAACCAUAAUGUGCUUGUGGUUGGUUAUGGUACAGAACAGGGCAUGGACUAUUGGCUGGUUAAGAACAGCUGGGGAGCAGGCUUUGGAGACAAAGGAUACAUUAAAAUGGCUCGAAACCGCAACAACCAUUGUGGCAUUGCCAACAAAGCUGCCUAUCCCAUUGUGUGACGCCUGGUCCUGGCAGACUAGAAAUAGGCCAGCUGGAUUCUGCUAAUGCUUUCAUGUCUCCGUUUGUGUUUAUGUUUCUAUAAUGUUCUUUUGUAUUCAAAUGCAUCAUUCAUUCCAGAAACCCGUUAUCCAGAAAGCUCCGAAUUACAAAAAGCCCA